AUGAAGUUCACUGUCAGUGCCUUGUUGUGCCUUGUCGCCUCGUCACAGGUUGCCGCUCUCGGUACACCAGUGAGACGCAGCCUUGGCACCGCAACUGUUUCCCUGGGGGCAGCCAUAGGCACUCCUUCCCAGUUGGGGUCAGGGAUUCUCUACGGUAUUCCUCCCAACGACGACGGUAGCGCAUCGACACAGAUACCAGACCAUUUCUACACGGAUAUCGGAUUCAACCUGGGUCGUGCUGGGGGUGCGGCCUGGGGAUCCCCCAACCGGGGCUGGUCAUUCAGUCCCGCAGAAUAUACGUACCGUUUUCAAGUGACACUCUCAAACUAUCGAACCACCAGGCAACACGGCGGUGACUUUUACUUGUUGCCCCAUGAUCUUUGGGGCAUCGACACGGACGGCAAGCCCUACCCUGGCGACGACGGUGAUUGGAUUUACUACGACCAGUUUCUUGACCAGCUCAUAAGUGAUAUAAAGGCCAACAGCAUGACCGAUGGCUUGAUUAUUGAUAUUUGGAACGAGCCAGAUGCAUCGGGGCUCUUCUGGAGACGAACCCAGGCCCAGUACCUGGAGAUGUGGGGCCGUACUUACUAUCGAUUAAGGCAAGAUCUACCUUCUGUUAGUCUUUCAGGUCCCGCGACGAGUUGCGGUCCGGCGGACAACAACCCAACCUUUACUGGUUGGGCAGAGUUCGUUGCUCAAAACGGAAGUAUCCCGGAUAUCUAUACUUGGCACGCUUUGAACCCAGCCCUGAGCCCUUCCACCGACGCCAGCUAUUUUGCAAGUCUGCGCAGCUCACUGGGAUUGCCCUCCAAACCAAUCUGUAUCAAUGAGUAUCUUGCCUAUGCCGAAGAAGGGCCCGGACCAGUAACGUACUACCUGAGUCAAUUCGAGCGCUUGGGUAUCAGUGGCGUCAAGGCGAACUGGGCCAAGGGUGAAGCCAAUGCCUUCGCUCUGCAUAAUUACCUGGCCAACAUUCUCGGACCCGAAGGCGCCACGUCGGAUUACUACGGCAACGGGGAGUUUCAGCUAUACAAGUACUACGCAUCCAUGAGCGGCGAGCGUGUGGCAACCACCCCUUCCUCUGAUGGUGUCUUUGAGGUCUUUGCCACACGGAACCCGGUUAAAAUGAUCACUGCUGCUCGUCUGAGCACUGACUCUUAUACCGUGACGGUGACAGGGUUUGCUGCAGCAGGCUUUACCGGAACUACAGUUACAAAGCAUGCCUAUGGCUUUGAGUGGGACGGUGUCUUUGGAGAGGUUGACGGCACGGUAGAUUUUGGGACCGAGGUGCACACUGUCAGUGGUGAUGCGAUUUCAUUCGAUGUAUACCCACGAUCAGUGAAUGAGGCAUACGCAUUUGAAUUUUCCUAG